ACCCCACCCCACCGCACCCGCGUCCGCGUCGCUCCACCACAUCGCAACCCCCCGAUCACACACCUACCCCGCCAUGGCCAUGGCCACCGCCUGCCUACGCCUCGCCGCCGUGCCGCUCGGCCUCGCCCCGCCGCCUCCUCGGCGCGCCCCCACCGCCACCGGCGUCAGAUACGGCCUCAAGACGUCGAGGCUCAGCGUGGCGGUCAGGGCGGCGGACGGCGGCACCGGCGGCGAGGGGUCGACGGAGGUGCCGGAGAUCGUGAGGGCCGCCCAGGACGCGUGGGCCAAAGUUGAGGACAAGUACGCCGUCACCGCCAUCGGCGUCGCCGCGCUCGUCGGCCUCUGGACGGCCAUCGGCGCCAUCAAGGCCAUCGACAGGCUUCCACUUCUGCCCGGCGUGCUCGAGCUCGUUGGAAUCGGGUACACAGGGUGGUUUACAUACCGGAACCUCAUCUUCCAGCCGGACAGGGAAGCUCUGGUGAGCAAAAUCAAGAGCACCUACAAAGAAAUUACCGGGAGCAGCAGCUAAUUCCAAACAAUUUUCAAGAUGAUUUCUGCAAGCAAGAGGGCAGGGCUGCAAGUGUCGACUCAGCAGCCAUGCUAGUGAAGAGGAAUUGCAUUGCUAACGUUCUCAGACUGGUCCCUCUGUUAUUUCCAGCUUAUCAUCUGGCUCAAAGCAGACAAAAUACUAUUAUUGCAUUGUUCCUGAUGAUUUGCUUGCCCUUGUACCUCUCUAAUUUCUCAAUAAUGAAUAUAUUUUCAGUUCCGAUUCA